AUCUGUCAGUGGCCAGCUGGACUGACAGGCGGCCCGGCCCCAGCCCGCGGGAUCUGAGGACGCACUCGGACCUGGGCGCUGAGCUCCCCCAGCCGGCGCCCCACCAUGCCGUCCUACACGGUGACCGUGGCCACCGGCAGCCAGUGGUUCGCCGGCACCGACGACUACAUCUACCUGAGCCUCAUCGGCUCUGCGGGCUGCAGCGAGAAGCACCUGCUGGACAAGGCCUUCUACAAUGACUUCGAGCGCGGCGCGGUCGAUUCCUACGACAUCACUGUGGAUGAGGAGCUGGGCGAGAUCUACCUGGUCAAAAUUGAGAAGCGCAAGUACUGGCUGCACGAUGACUGGUACCUGAAGUACAUCACACUGAAGACGCCCCAUGGGGACUAUAUGGAGUUCCCCUGCUACCGCUGGAUCUCGGGUGACACUGAGAUUGUGCUGCGGGACGGUCGAGCCAAGCUGGCUCGAGAUGACCAGAUCCACAUUCUCAAGCAGCACCGGCGCAAGGAGCUGGAGACAAGGCAGAAACAGUACCGGUGGAUGGAGUGGAACCCGGGCUUCCCCUUGAGUAUAGACGCCAAGUGCUACAAAGAUUUACCCCGUGACAUCCAGUUUGACUGCGAGAAAGGUGUGGACUUCGUCCUGAACUACUCCAAAGCGAUGGAGAACCUGUUCAUCAACCGCUUCAUGCACAUGUUCCAGUCCUCCUGGAGCGACUUCGCCGACUUCGAGAAGAUCUUCGUCAAGAUCAGCAACACCAUUUCCGAGCGUGUCAUGCAACACUGGCAGGAAGACCUUAUGUUCGGCUACCAGUUCCUCAAUGGCUGCAACCCUGUCCUCAUCCGGCGCUGCACACAGCUGCCUCCGAAGCUCCCAGUGACCACGGACAUGGUGGAGUGCAGCCUGGAGCGGCAGCUCACCUUGGAGCAGGAGAUCCAGAAGGGCAACAUCUUCAUCGUGGACUACGAGCUGCUUGAUGGCAUUGACGCCAACAAAACCGACCCCUGCACACACCAGUUCCUGGCAGCGCCCAUCUGCCUGCUGUACAAGAACCUGGCCAACAAGAUCGUGCCCCUUGCCAUCCAGCUCAACCAAAUCCCAGGAGAGGAGAACCCCAUUUUUCUCCCUUCCGAUGCAAAAUACGACUGGCUUUUGGCCAAAAUCUGGGUGCGUUCCAGCGACUUUCAUGUGCACCAGACCAUCACCCACCUGCUGCGCACACACCUCGUGUCCGAGGUGUUUGGCAUCGCCUUGUACCGCCAGCUGCCGGCUGUGCACCCCAUUUUCAAGCUGCUGGUGGCUCACGUCCGGUUCACCAUCGCCAUCAACACCAAGGCCCGCGAGCAGCUCAUCUGCGAGUACGGCCUCUUCGACAAGGCCAAUGCCACGGGUGGCGGCGGGCACGUGCAGAUGGUGCAGCGCGCCAUGAAGGACCUGACCUAUACCUCACUGUGCUUCCCGGAGGACAUCCGGGCCCGCGGCAUGGACAGUGCCGAGGACAUCCCCUACUACUUCUACCGCGACGAUGGGCUGCUGGUGUGGGAGGCCAUCCGCAGCUUUGUGGCUGAGAUCGUGGGCCUGUACUAUGAGAGUGACCAGGUGGUGGCAGAGGACGUGGAGCUGCAGGCCUUCGCCAAGGACGUCUACAUGUAUGGCCUGCGGGGCAGCAAGGCUUCAGGUUUCCCCAAGGCACUGCGGAGCUGCGAGCAGCUGACGGAGUACCUGACCGUGAUCAUCUUCACUGCGUCUGCGCAGCAUGCGGCAGUCAACUUCGGGCAGUAUGACUGGUGCUCCUGGAUCCCCAAUGCACCCCCCACUAUGAGGGCCCCGCCGCCCACAGCCAAGGGUGUGGUGACCAUCGAGCAGAUCGUGGAGACGCUGCCGGACCGCGGCCGCUCAUGCUGGCAUCUGGGCGCUGUGUGGGCGCUAAGCCAGGUGCAGGAGAACGAGUUGUUCCUGGGCAUGUACCCCGAAGAGCACUUCACUGAGAAGCCUGUGAAGGAGGCCAUGGCCCGCUUCCGCAGGAACCUGGAGGCCAUCGUCCGUGUGAUCGAGGAGCGCAACAAGAAGAAGCAGCUACCCUACUACUACCUGUCCCCCGACCGGAUCCCCAAUAGUGUGGCUAUCUAGCCCCGCUGUGCCAGGCUCCCCUGGGAAUACCAGCCACACACCAGCAGGUCGCUGGCACCCCCACGGGUGCUGCUCUCACCCCAGACUGCUCCAGGCUGUCGCAGGGCAGUCAAGCUUCAGUGCCUUCUCCUGCUCCGUCCUCCAGCUCUGACAUCCCAUCUUUCAACGACAGCAGAUGACAGCACACAAGCCCGGCAGGCCUCAGUCCAGGAGCGGACUGAGCAGCCCGUGCCUUACACCCCGAUCAGUCUGUGGGGUGACACAGUCACUGCCUGCUCUUACUGGAAAUAUGGGGCACUUCUGGUUCUAAUCCAAUUUUGUGCCUGUAGUAGGUGCCCCAAUAAAUUCCUCUUGAGUGAAUUAAGAA